AUGGAUGCUCCCGAACCAGAUCAGACCCCUUUCGCCUCGGUGUCGGCGCAGACAUCGAAACUGCAAAGGCAAUACCAGGCGCUGUUGGACCAGUCAACCCCAUAUGUCACGUACAGAUGGAUUGGCACGGCCGUCCUGUUGCUACUAUUCUUCGCGCGCAUCCUGUACGCGCAAGGCUGGUACAUCGUUGCCUACGCCCUCGGUAUCUACCUGCUCAACCUCUUCCUCGCCUUCCUACAGCCCAAGUUCGACCCUUCCAAUGAGGCCAUCGAUAACGAGAUGGAGGACGGCGCGGCUGGGUCCUUGCCGACGAAGCAGGACGAGGAGUUCAGGCCCUUUAUUCGACGGCUUCCGGAGUUCAAGUUCUGGCACUCUGCCACCCGUGUCAUCCUCAUCGGCUUCAUCUGCAGCUGGUUCGAGAUCUUCAAUGUUCCGGUGUUCUGGCCCGUGCUGGUUAUGUACUGGUUCAUCCUGUUCUUCCUGACCAUGCGCAAGCAAAUCCAACACAUGAUCAAGUACCGCUACGUGCCCUUCUCCAUGGGCAAAACACGAUACAACAGGAACGCCGAGUAA